AUGAUUUUAAAUCAAUGUAUUUUGUAUGCAACAGGAUUAUGUUUUACAUUUGCAUACGAUGAUCUAUCCUUCAAAGCGAAUGCAUCCCAAUCACCUUUAGUCCUUGAUCUGCGUAACGAGUAUGAGGCAAACCGCGCACUUGAUAGAAAUAAAGCUACGUGUAUGAGGACAGCUGAUAUAGGAACACGUGCUCUUCACAAAACUACAUGGUGGAAAGUAGAUCUUGGUGGGGUGUACAGCAUUUACGACAUAAACAUCGUGUUUAAAAACUAUGAACAGUUUGAGAAUCGUCAAAGAGGACGAUUUGCUGGAUUCUCGCUGUAUGUAUCAAUCUCUGGCAAUAUAAACAAUUCCACUCUGUGUUACAAGGACGGACCACAGUUACCGCCCCUGAACUUUACAAAAACCUGUGUAGAAUACGGACGCUAUGUCAUUUUUUAUAACGAGCGAAAGGAUGAGGUUGGCUAUCCUGAGGGAUAUCAAUACUAUACAAUGAAUACAGAGCUCUGUGAAGUCAUUGUAAAAGGAUGUAAAAACCCCCAUGUGUUUGGCACCGAGUGUAAUAUUUCGUGCCCUGUCACCUGCAAAUAUAAAACAUGUCAUAUACAAACUGGAGCAUGCUUGGACUGUGACAGUGGCGUAUAUGGUAGCUACUGUAACUUGUCGUGCCCAGCCAACUGUAAACACAACACAUGCUCUACACCAAAUGGAACAUGCUUUUCGUGUAAACCUGGAUUCAGAGGAUUGUAUUGUAGAACAAAAUGCGCCGAUGGGUGGCAUGGAGUCAAUUGUAGUCAACAGUGUGUAGGACAUUGUAAAGACGGCGCUGUCUGUAAUCACGUGACUGGUGGGUGUGGUAAAGGUUGUGACGCAGGAUGGACUGGAAAUACAUGUGAAAGUCAGUGUAAAAAUGGAACCUAUGGCAAUGACUGUACCAACAAAUGUAAUGGACAUUGUCUGAAUGACUCUCCAUGUAACAAACAGACUGGUAACUGUGACAGGGGAUGUAGUCCAGGAUAUACAGACAGUGACUGCAGCAAAGAAUGUCCACCCUAUUAUUUUGGAGUGAACUGUAACAACGAAUGCAGCGGUCAUUGCGACAAAAAUUUACCAUGUGACCACGUUAGUGGAUUGUGUCAUAGUGGAUGUCAGGAUGGGUACAUGGACAAAUUUUUUGUGGAGUAUAGCAUGCACAGCUGGAAGUUAUGGAAAGCACUGUUCUUUGCAAUGUCCUCAAAAAUGCAACACGACAUGUGA